GCUGGGCAGCAGCGACGCGGCAACGCUACAGAGCUUGUGUGCGGCGGCGGCGGCGGCGGCCUCGAGCAGGGCGGUCUACGCGGCUGGGGCGGCCCCGCGGCUGGGCAGGCGGCGGCGGCGUGGGCGACGGGGCGCGGCGAUGGCCCGCGGCGGGGCGUGCCCCGGGGCAGCCUGGCUGAGGCUCCUGGCCCCGUGAUGCACAUCCCUGCAGGACCUGUGUGCCGAGGCCUGAAGCCCAGGCCUGCCAUGUCACUGCUACGUCUGAGCCCGUGGGUGCUCCUGAAGCUGCUGCUGCUGCUGGGGGUUAUUUGGGCAGUGGCAGGUGCCACUAGAGCGGUUAGGGGUCCUCAGCCUGUCUUCCGCACCUUCUCGGCCAUUGAUUGGGGCCUCACCCACCUGGUGGUCCACGAGCAGACAGGCGAGGUGUACGUGGGUGCGGUGAACCGCAUCUACAAGCUGUCAGGGAACCUGACACUGCUGCGAGCUCACGUGACUGGCCCUGUGGAGGACAACGAGAAGUGCUACCCGCCGCCCAGUGUGCAGUCAUGCCCCCACGGCCUGGGCAGCACCAAUAAUGUCAACAAGCUGCUGCUUUUGGACUAUGCUGCUAAUCGCCUGCUAGCCUGUGGCAGCGCCUCCCAGGGCAUCUGCCAGUUCCUGCGGCUGGAUGAUCUCUUCAAGCUGGGCGAACCGCACCACCGCAAGGAGCACUACCUUUCGAGCGUGCAUGAGGCAGGCAGCAUGGCAGGUGUGCUCAUUGCCAGGCCACCGGGCCAGGCCCAGGCCAAGCUCUUUGUGGGCACACCCAUCGAUGGCAAGUCUGAGUACUUCCCCACACUGUCUAGCCGCCGGCUAAUGGCCAACGAGGAGGAUGCAGACAUGUUCAGCUUUGUGUACCAGGACGAAUUUGUAUCGUCACAGCUCAAGAUUCCUUCAGACACACUGUCCAAGUUCCCGGCCUUUGACAUCUACUACGUGUACAGCUUUCGCAGUGAGCAGUUUGUGUACUACCUCACUCUGCAGCUGGACACACAGCUGACCUCACCAGAUGCCGCCGGCGAGCACUUCUUUACCUCCAAGAUUGUGCGGCUGUGUGUGGAUGACCCCAAAUUCUACUCAUAUGUUGAGUUCCCCAUUGGCUGCGAGCAGGCGGGGGUGGAGUACCGCCUGGUGCAGGAUGCGUACCUGAGCCGGCCUGGCAGUGCCCUGGCCCGCCAACUGGGCCUGGCUGACAAUGAGGAUGUGCUGUUCACCGUGUUUGCUCAGGGCCAGAAGAACCGUGUGAAGCCACCUAAGGAAUCAGUACUAUGCCUGUUCACGCUUAGAGCCAUCAAGGAGAAGAUCAAGGAACGCAUCCAGUCCUGCUACCGUGGUGAGGGCAAGCUCUCACUGCCCUGGCUGCUCAACAAGGAACUGGGCUGCAUCAACUCGCCCCUACAGAUCGAUGAUGACUUCUGCGGGCAGGACUUCAACCAGCCGCUGGGGGGCACGGUUACUAUUGAGGGCAUGCCCCUGUUUGUGGACAAGGAGGAUGGCCUGACUGCCGUGGCUGCCUAUGACUACCGAGGCCACACCGUGGUGUUCACUGGCACACGAAGUGGCCACAUCCGAAAGAUCCUGGUGGACCUGGCUAACCCUGGCGGCCGUCCAGCCCUGGCCUACGAGAGUGUGGUGGCCCAAGAGGGUAGUCCCAUCCUUCGUGACCUGAUCCUCAGCCCUGACAGCCAAUACCUCUACGCCAUGACAGAAAAGCAGGUGACACGAGUGCCCGUGGAGAGCUGUGUGCAGUAUAGGUCGUGUGAGCUGUGCCUGGGCUCUCGAGACCCCCACUGUGGCUGGUGUGUCCUGCAUAGCAUGUGCUCCCGUCGGGAUGCCUGUGAGCGGGCAGAUGAGCCUCAGCGCUUUGCCUCAGACCUACUGCAGUGUGUGCAGCUGACUGUGCAGCCUCGCAAUGUCUCUGUCACCAUGUCCCAGGUCCCACUCGUGUUGCAGGCCUGGAAUGUGCCUGACCUCUCAGCUGGCGUCAACUGCUCCUUCGAGGACUUCACUGAGUCUGAGAGCAUCCUGGAGGAUGGCCGCAUCCACUGUCACUCACCAUCCUCUGGGGAGGUGGCGCCCAUCACUCAGGGCCAGGGAGACCAGCGGGUGGUAAAGCUCUUCCUGAAGUCUAAGGAGACGGGCAAGAAGUUUGCAUCUGUGGACUUUGUCUUCUACAACUGCAGUGUCCACCAGUCCUGCCUGUCGUGUGUCAAUGGCUCUUUCCCCUGCCACUGGUGCAAAUACCGCCACGUGUGCACACACAAUGUUGCCGAUUGCGCCUUCCUGGAGGGCCGUGUCAAUGUGUCUGAGGACUGCCCGCAGAUCCUGCCCUCCACGCAGAUCUACGUGCCAGUGGGUGUGGUGAAGCCCAUCACCCUUACUGCCCGGAACCUGCCGCAGCCACAGUCAGGCCAGCGUGGGUAUGAGUGCCUCUUUCAUAUCCCAGGAAGCCCGGCCCGCGUCACCGCUCUGCGCUUCAACAGCUCUAGCCUGCAGUGCCAGAACUCUUCGUACUCGUAUGAAGGCAAUGACAUCAGCGACCUUCCUGUGAACCUGUCAGUGGUGUGGAACAGCAACUUCAUCAUUGAUAAUCCUCAGAACAUCCAGGCCCACCUCUACAAAUGUCCAGCCCUGCGGGAAAGCUGUGGCCUCUGCCUCAAAGCUGACCCUCGCUUUGAGUGUGGCUGGUGCGUGGCCGAACGCCGCUGCUCCCUGCGUCCACACUGCCCUACCGACUUUCCUGCUGCCUGGAUGCAUGCCCGUCAUGGUAGCAGCCGUUGCACUGACCCCAAGAUCCUUAAGCUGUCCCCAGAGACGGGCCCUCGGCAGGGAGGCACAAAGCUCACAAUCUUGGGUGAGAACCUGGGCCUGCGCUUUGAGGAUGUGCGGCUAGGCGUGCGUGUGGGCAAGGUGCUAUGCAGCCCUUUGGAGAGCGAGUACAUCAGUGCCGAGCAGAUUGUCUGCGAGAUUGGAGAUGCCAGCACAGUGCGGGCCCAUGAUGCCUUGGUGGAGGUGUGCGUGCGGGACUGUUCCCCCCAGUUCCGGGCCCUGUCACCCAAACGCUUCACUUUUGUGACUCCAACCUUCUACCGUGUGAGUCCUGCCCGGGGACCCCUUUCAGGUGGCACCUGGAUUGGCAUCGAGGGCAGCCACCUCAAUGCAGGCAGUGAUGUGGCCGUGUCUGUUGGUGGCCGGUCCUGCACCUUCUCCUGGAGGAAUUCCCGGGAGAUACGGUGUCUGACACCCCCCGGAACGAGCUCUGGUAAUGUCUCCAUCGUCAUCAACAUCAAUCGUGCUCAACUUACCAACCCCGAGGUGACGUACAACUAUACCGAGGACCCCACCAUCCUGAAGAUUGACCCCGAGUGGAGCAUCAAUAGUGGAGGGACCCUUCUAACAGUCACAGGUACCAGCCUGACCACCGUCCGAGAACCCCGCAUCCGGGCCAAGUACGGAGGUGUCGAGAGGGAGAAUAGCUGCCUGGUGUACAACGACACCACCAUGGUGUGCCGGGCCCCAUCGGUGGACAACCCUUCCCGCAGCCCGCCUGAGUUGGGGGAGCGGCCUGAAGAACUGGGCUUUGUCAUGGACAACGUGACCGCCCUACUUGUGCUCAACACCUCCUCCUUCCUCUAUUUUCCUGACCCCGUGCUGGAGCCACUCAGCCCCACCGGCCUCCUUGAGCUGAAGCCUAGCUCCCCACUCAUCCUCAAGGGCCGGAAUCUCCUGCCACCAGCACCCGGCAACUUGAGGCUCAACUACACUGUGCUCAUUGGCUCCACACCCUGCACCCUCACUGUGUCCGAGACACAGCUGCUCUGCGAGUCACCCAACCUCACGGGGCAGCACAAGGUCACGGUUCGGGCUGGUGGCUUCGAAUUCUCACCAGGCAUGCUGCAGGUGUACUCAGACAGCCUACUGACCCUUCCCGCCAUCGUGGGUAUUGGUGGGGGCGGAGGCCUCCUGCUGCUGGUCAUCGUGGUCGUGCUCAUUGCCUAUAAGCGCAAGUCUCGUGAUGCUGACCGCACCCUCAAGCGGCUGCAGCUCCAGAUGGACAACCUGGAGUCCCGCGUGGCCCUCGAAUGCAAGGAAGCCUUUGCAGAGCUACAGACAGACAUCCACGAGCUGACCAACGAUUUGGAUGGUGCUGGCAUCCCCUUCCUCGACUACAGGACGUACGCCAUGCGGGUGCUCUUCCCUGGGAUUGAGGACCACCCAGUGCUCAAGGAGAUGGAGGUACAGGCCAAUGUGGAGAAAUCACUGACACUGUUUGGGCAGCUGCUGACCAAGAAGCACUUCCUGCUGACCUUUAUUCGAACACUGGAGGCCCAGCGCAGCUUCUCCAUGCGCGACCGUGGGAAUGUGGCCUCGCUCAUCAUGACAGCUCUGCAGGGCGAGAUGGAGUAUGCCACAGGUGUUCUCAAGCAGCUGCUGUCUGACCUCAUUGAGAAGAACCUUGAGAGCAAGAACCACCCCAAGCUGCUGCUGCGGCGGACUGAAUCAGUGGCAGAGAAGAUGCUGACCAACUGGUUCACCUUCCUUUUGUACAAAUUUCUCAAGGAGUGUGCAGGGGAGCCACUGUUUAUGUUGUACUGCGCCAUCAAACAGCAGAUGGAGAAGGGCCCCAUCGAUGCUAUCACGGGUGAGGCACGCUACUCCCUGAGUGAAGACAAGCUUAUCCGGCAGCAGAUUGACUACAAGAUGUUGACCCUGAAUUGUGUGAAUCCGGAGAAUGAAAACGCACCUGAGGUGCCAGUGAAGGGACUAAACUGUGACACAGUGACACAGGUCAAGGAGAAGUUGCUGGAUGCUGUGUACAAGGGUGUACCCUACUCCCAACGGCCCAAGGCUGGGGACAUGGACCUGGAGUGGCGCCAGGGCCGCAUGGCGAGAAUCAUCCUGCAGGAUGAGGAUGUCACCACCAAGAUUGACAACGACUGGAAGAGACUGAAUACUCUGGCUCACUAUCAGGUGACGGAUGGGUCCUCAGUGGCGUUGGUGCCCAAGCAGACGUCUGCCUACAACAUCUCCAACUCUUCCACCUUCACCAAGUCCCUCAGCAGAUAUGAGAGCAUGCUACGCACAGCUAGCAGCCCGGACAGCCUGCGUUCACGCACACCCAUGAUCACACCUGACCUGGAAAGCGGCACCAAGCUUUGGCAUCUGGUGAAGAAUCAUGACCACCUGGACCAGCGGGAGGGUGACCGUGGCAGCAAGAUGGUCUCGGAGAUCUACCUGACGCGGUUGCUGGCCACCAAGGGCACACUGCAGAAGUUUGUGGAUGACCUGUUUGAGACCAUCUUUAGCACAGCACACCGGGGCUCGGCCCUGCCACUGGCCAUCAAGUAUAUGUUCGACUUCUUAGACGAGCAGGCUGACCAGCACCAGAUACAUGACUCAGAUGUGCGCCACACCUGGAAGAGCAACUGCCUGCCCCUGCGCUUCUGGGUGAACGUGAUCAAGAACCCACAGUUUGUGUUUGACAUCCACAAGAGCAGCAUCACAGAUGCCUGCCUGUCAGUGGUGGCCCAGACUUUUAUGGACUCCUGCUCCACAUCUGAGCACAAGCUGGGCAAGGACUCGCCUUCCAACAAACUGCUCUAUGCCAAGGACAUCCCCAACUAUAAGAGCUGGGUGGAGAGGUACUAUGCUGAUAUUGCCAAGAUGCCUGCCAUCAGUGACCAGGACAUGAGUGCGUACUUGGCCGAGCAGUCACGGCUGCACCUGAGCCAGUUCAACAGCAUGAGCGCCUUGCAUGAGAUCUACUCCUAUAUCACCAAGUACAAAGAUGAGAUCCUGAUGGCACUGGAGAAGGAUGAACAGGCUCGCCGGCAACGGCUCCGGAGCAAGCUGGAGCAGGUGGUGGACACAAUGGCCCUGAGCAGCUGAGCCACCCAGCCACCACUGCCCAAUGGGAGAUUAGUGAGAGGGACUGCAGGGGUGGCCUCCAACCAACAGCCAAAGCUGGGAGGUCCCUGGAGGCAGCCUUCCCUGAUGUGUGCCGAGUGCUUAUGUGCUCGGGACUGGCAUGCAGGCUAACAUCCUCCUGGCCCUCUCUUCCCCCUGGCGGAGGUGGGGAGGUGGGAGGGUCCUGGUUCUUACUAGUAUGAGUGAGACAGUGCCCACAGCACCCUCUGUGCCCAGAGCUGCUGGCCACAAGGCAGUGGGAUCCUAGGUCUGGCUGGAGGCCUUCUUGGGAGACUCAGCUGACUGCUGAAGACUUGAGGAGUAAGUCUGAGCCCUCUGGGAGGAGGGAUGCCAGUCUGGUUGUCUCCGAGGCCAGGCAUGAGGCCAGAAGGGCCAGGACAAUGGGAAGGGGUCAGCCUUCCCGGUUUCCCUGGCAGAGUCUGAGGGUUGAGGCCUGGGGAGGCUAAAUGCCAAGCCUGGCCAAGGUAAGCUGUACUCAGUCUGGGCUGUUGCCACCCGCCUGCCACCCUCAUGCUCCCUGCUGCACACGCCACCAUCCUCCGAUUCACCGCGUGCUCUCUGCGGUGGAGGCAGGAGCACCUUGCCCAGAGAGAGGCCCCAGCUCCCUCCUGUGGAGGGGCUGCAGGAAACAGUGCUCUCAGCUCCCAAGAGACUUCCAGAAGGACUUGUGACUCCCAUUGUGUUCUCAGGGCUGUGCCUCUGGGAGCCACUGGAGUCUGGGGCUCCAGUCAUGAGCACACACUCCCGUUAUUUAUUCCUCCAUUGUAUCUGCUCUGGGUAGCUCUCCAGCAUGGAGGUCCUGGGAGCAGCCCCAACCAUCCUCUUCCUUCCCUCCAUCUCUGUCUCCCCUGCUCUCCACGUUUACCUUCUAGUGGCUUCCAGUCUGGCAUCUCAGCAGCGUGGGGGCCCCUCAAGCAUAAUGGGACAUCUGGGGGCUAUUUUUUGUUUUUUUGGGGAGAACAAAGAAAUUCUGCAUUCUGCUUGGGCAGCCAGAACUGUGGCAGGGCCCCUUGGGUCAUACUCUAUGGCCUGGCUGGGAACAAGACACAGUGAGUGACCAGAGGGCCUGAUGGUUGGCUCUGUCCACCCUGCCCUCAGUAAGCAAGAGAGAACAAAUUUUUAACUAAAACAAAACCUGUACAUUAGUGUGUG